AUGGACAUUAUCUUCGGAGCUCUCGCCAUCCUGUCGCUCACCCUGGCAUUUCAAGCGGACCCAGAACUCUUUCUAGGCUCCAUCUGCAGCAUAGCUUUGGACAUGCUCAAUGGCGACGACCCCAGAGACGAAACCGGUGCGCCAGAUGCUGUCGACAUGGGCGAGUUGGCAGCUGACACACUUGGCGAUGUCAUCAGAUUCAUGACCGUUGUUGCACGGCUAGCGAUCGAGGACUGUAAGGUGUAUCAUGGAGGUCUGCACAUUCUCAGCCUUCAAGCCAAACUCGGUUUCCAGGUGUCAUCCACCCCAGCCUCGCCAGACGAAGCGCAGUACCUCCACAGCAUCUUGGGAGACCUCGAGAACAUUGAAAGCGUCAAUAUACACGAAGUUGUGGUUGGAGAAGAUAUGGAGCUGGCCUAUGGUCCUCAGAAAGACACCGUUCGAUUGUCUCUCAAGUACGUCGGACCUUCUUCAGCGGCGGUGUUUGCGUUAGCAUGA